AUAAACAACUAAACGAAAAAGCGAACUUGAAGUACAAAAAAGCAUUUUUAAUUAUUUUUAUGAAGAAAAACGUAAAAUGGUGCAUUAUUCAAUUCUGAUCUUAAUUUUCUUAUUUCCUAUUAAUAUUUUUUGUGUUAGUACAAAUAAUUUGUUGAAUCCUGAUGUUAUUUAUCAGUGGUUGGUUCCUAAAAUAGGUGAAAAGAACAGUCUGUGUUAUAAUCAUAGUCAGUUUUAUUGGAAUGAAUUGCAAGACAUGAAGUUAUGGGCUGCUGAAAUGUUUGACGCCUCUGGUAAAUUUCCCAGCGGUGUCCUCUACGGCUCUCCAUAUGCUCUUGGCAACUUCGAUCAAUGUGUUGACAUAAAAGUACCUUAUUCUGACGAUCCUUUCGUUGGAAAAUACUGCAUGGCCAAAAUCACAGUCACACCACUUGCUAAAUAUAAAAUGACGGAACAAAUAGACUACCAGUUUGGAAGAUACGAGACCUUUUUUAAUGUUUCGGCGUGGAGCAAAAUGCUGGCAUACCAACAUGAAGACUCUAAAGCAUCCAGAAACGAAAUCUACUUCUCGUUUUGCAUGCCAUCAUCUUGCACGCAUGAAGAUCUCAAAGAGAAGCUGACGUCCCUUGCAGAAAUUAUCAACAACGAUUUUAACGAAACAAUUUUAACAAUUGACGUUGACCAGAAAGACUGCCAAAUUCGUGAGGAGUAUAAGGUAUCCACGGGAGAUGCUGUGUUUAUAUUUAUUGUGUUAUUGUGCUUUGUAAUAGUGCUGGGAUGCUCAAUAUAUGACAUGAUUACCAGAGAUGACGACAGAUACAUCUCCAGAGUACCGGGAAAAUGGCACGACCUAUUUAUGUGCUUUUCCUUUCCGCAUAACCUGAAGAAACUAGCUACCAAGACUGCUAAUGAGGACGGUUUGGAAUGCUUAGCUGGCGUGCGGGUGCUAUCGAUGUUUCUGAUCAUUUUUGGACACAGAUGCAUGUUUACUUUUGGAUCCCCUCUUACUAACCCCAUCUUCUUAGAACAGAUGUACUCAAAAUUUGAAGCAGCAGUUGUUUUAAAUGGACCGCUGAUAGUGGACACAUUUUUCUUAGUCUCAGGAUUUCUUGCCAGUUACAUCAUUCUCUUACAUUUGAAGCACUCUAGCAAUGCUGUGAAAGUAGGAUUGAUCUACGUACAUCGGUUAAUCAGGAUGACACCAGCAUACGCCAUGGUUCUGUUAUUCUACUGCACCGUAUAUGUGAGUGUGGGUAGUGGACCAUUUUGGCAAGAGAGAAUUGGAGUCGAAAAAAAUCGUUGUGUGGAGACCUGGUGGGCCAACUUGGCAUAUGUAAAUAACUAUGUCAAUACAGAGAAUCUGUGUAUGUUCCAGUCAUGGUUCAUCACUUGUGACAUGCAUUACUUCUUGACAGUACCAAUUUUGGUACUCCUAUUGAAGUGGAACGCGCUGUAUGGAGUCGUUACUAUUGUGGCUUUAAUAGCGUGCUCGAUAGUGGUUGCAGGAUCUUCCGUAUACCUCAAUAACGAAUCGCCAAUAUUAUUGGUCUAUGCAAAGUUAUUAAGAGAUCCAGUUAGUAAUGCGACUUUUAGGACCAUUUAUAUUCCGUCGCACAUGCGUGCCAGUCCUUACUUUCUGGGAGUGUUGACAGGCUUCAUCAAGUACCAACUGAAGCAUUCGUCGUUCAAACUACCACAAUGGCUAACUCGUACAGGAUGGUUUUUGGCCGUUGUUGUAUCUCUAGGUACUCUGCAUGUGGGUUACAUCUUUUAUAUGCCAGAAUAUACGAAGACGACUAUUGUAACGGCUGUGUAUGCUGGAUUUCACCAUUUUACUUUUGCUCUUGGUAUAGCGUGGUUAAUAAUUGCUGUGUCAUCGGGAAAAGGACCAUGGAUUGAUCCAAUACUUAGCUGGAAACCGUUUGUUCUUCUCAGUCGUUUAAGUUACACGGCUUUCUUAUGUCAUGGGGCCGUACAGCUAUAUACAGCAGCGUCUUUGAGGGAACCCAGCUACGCCACUGUAUUUGGCACUGUCUACGUAUCAUUUGGAGACAUCGUUACGGCAUACACCUUGGGACUCAUGCUCAGUAUGUUCUUUGAAUCACCAAUGAUCGGCAUCGAAAAACUUAUUUUCAGCAAAAACAAAGAUCCACCGUCAUUAGAGCAAGACGGCAAAGCAACACCUGUUAUAAAACUCUCUCCUAUAGCAGCACAUGGCACUAUCAAUAACAACAAUGAAGAAAAACCAUCGUCUGCAUGUCAGGGAUCUAACAAUAUCAUGGAAACACCUGAUAAACACGUUAGUCGGGAUGAUACAGGAGAUCACUCCGUUGAUGAUGAGAAUAAAACAGUUAUUGUGCAUACGGAAUAGUCUUAAUUGGACAUUUUUAACUAAAUAAUUUUAUUUCGCACACAAAAUUCGUUAAAAAUGUUACUUGGGAUGUUAUAUACAGGGUGUCCCGAAAAGAUUGGUCAUAAAUUCUGCCACACAUUCUGGAGUUGAAAAUAGUCCGACUGAACUUAAUUUACCUUAGUACAAAUGUGCUCAUAAAAAAAGUUACAGCCCUUUGAAGUUACAAAAUGAAAAUCGAUUUUUUUCAAUAUAUCGAAAACUAUUAAAGAUUUUUUAUUGAAAAUGGACAUGUAUCACUCUUAUGGCAGGUUCAUCUUAAAUCAAAAUUGUAGUGAGAUUUUUUCACCCCAUAAAAAUUUUAUGGGGGUUUUGAUCCCUUAAACCCCCUCAAACUUUUGUGUACGUUCCAAUUAAUUCAUUAUUCUAGUACCAUUAGUUAAACACAACGUUUCUAAACUUUUUUGCCUCGUAGUAUUUUUUCGAUAAGCCAGUUUUUAUCGAGAUGCGGCUUCUUUUUUAAUAUAUUUACAUAAAAAUUUUAUGGGAGUUUUGUUCCUUUAAGCCCCCCAAAUGUUUGUGUACGUUCCAAUUAAACUAUUAUUGUGGUACCAUUAGUUAAACACAGUGUUUUUAAAACUUUUUUGCCUCUUAGUCUUUUUUUGAUAAGUCACCUUUUAUCGAGAUGUGGCUUCUUUUUCAAAAUAUACCUAAAAAUGUAAAUUAUAAAUACAUUUUCAGAUUAUUAACAGGUCUCUACAUAUAAUCGUACUUAACCAUAUACCAAUAUGUGGUGGAUUCGAUAAAUAUUCAAAAUAUCUCGAUAAACACUGGCUUAUCGAAAAAAUCCUAAGAGGCAAAAAUGUUUUAAAAACAGUGUGUUUAACUAAUGGUGCCGCACUAAUAAUUAAAUUGGAACGUACACAAAAGUUUGGGGGGGUUUAAGGGAACAAAACCCGUAUAAUUUUUUUAUAGGGUACACAAAUUUCACUUUAAUUUUUAUUUAAGAUGCUGCUGCCAUAAGAAUGCCACAUGUCUAUUUUCAAUGAAACAUCUUUGAGUUUUCGAUAUAUGAAAAAAACAUUGAUUUUCAUUUUGUAACUUCAAAGGGCUGUAACUUUUUUGUGUGCACUAUUGUAUAUAUAGGUAAGUGAGGUUCAAUCAACCUAUUUUUGACCCCAGAAUCUGUGGUAUAAUUUAUGACCAAUCUUUUCGGGACACCCUGUAUAAUGUUAUUAUAUCCAGUGAUAUUUUUUAAUUAGUGAUAUGUAAAUACUAUACAAAUAACUUAUUACUUUUAUGUACCUACCUAAAUAAAUAUUUAUUAUUUUUA